CCUCGUUUCCUCCCCGCCUCGGUGAGGUGCCGCAACACGGAAGGGCCGAGCUGACGGCUCCGCCUCUGGCGCGACUAACGACGGGAUCGCAGGGCCGGGGUAAAGGCUCUCAGAUGGGCCUGACAGUUAGCAAAGGAGCAGCAUGGAGACCUCCCAGGGGAGCAUCAACGCUGAGCGGGGCUGGUACGUCUCUGCGCAGCCGCCCGAGGAGGAGGCGGCGGAAGAGUUGAGUCCGUUGCUAAGCAACGAACUUCACAGACAGGGAUCCUCAGGUGUUUCAUUUGGUUUCUCAGUGUUUAAUUUGAUGAAUGCCAUCAUGGGAAGUGGCAUCCUUGGCUUAGCUUAUGUUAUGGCUAAUACCGGUAUCCUUGGAUUUAGUUUCUUGCUGCUAAUAGUUGCUCUCCUGGCUUCUUACUCGGUCCAUCUUCUGCUCAGUAUGUGUAUUCAGACAGCUGUAACAUCUUAUGAAGAUCUUGGACUCUUUGCAUUUGGAUUACCUGGAAAGGUGGUGGUGGCAGCCACCAUAAUAAUUCAGAAUAUUGGAGCUAUGUCAUCUUAUCUUUUCAUUAUUAAAACAGAGCUUCCUGCUGCUAUUUCAGAAUUUUUGACUGGAGACUAUAGUGGGUCUUGGUAUCUUGAUGGACAAACACUACUAAUAAUCAUUUGUGUUGGUAUUGUAUUCCCUCUUGCACUUCUUCCCAAAAUAGGCUUUCUUGGCUACACAAGUAGUUUAUCAUUUUUCUUUAUGGUGUUCUUUGCUCUUGUGAUAAUAAUUAAAAAAUGGUCCAUUCCUUGUCCUCUGACAUUAAAUUACUUAAAGGAAUGCUUCCAGAUUCCAAAUGUUACAGAUGAUUGUAAACCAAAGCUCUUUCAUUUCUCCAAAGAGAGUGCUUAUGCUAUACCAACCAUGGCUUUUUCAUUUCUCUGCCAUACCUCAAUAUUGCCCAUUUACUGUGAACUUCAAAGCCCUUCAAAGAAAAAAAUGCAGAAUGUAACCAAUACAGCAAUUGCUUUAAGUUUUCUCAUUUAUUUUAUCUCUGCACUUUUUGGGUACCUCACUUUUUAUGAGAAAGUGGAGUCAGAAUUACUACAAGGUUAUAGUAAAUACUUACCACAUGAUACUGUUGUCAUGACUGUGAAGUUGUGUAUCCUAUUUGCUGUGCUUUUGACAGUCCCUCUAAUCCACUUCCCCGAGGGAAUUCCACCUUCUUUGGGGUCACUGUCUGCAGUGCUGGUCUGACUCCUUGUUGGAUAUGUCACAACUGAAGGAACAGCUGGUCCAGCAUGGUCACUGUAACGUCUCUGCUUCUGGCUUGAAGAAACAGUUCUCUGAAGUUCGCACUGGGGAGACUGGCCACUGCUGAUGUUGAGAUCACUGCUCAGCCUAACCUUAGUAAGUGAAAGACUGCUGCUUCAUCUUCCUUGUGCCCUGCAUUGAGCCACCUGUCCUUCGUGAUUUGCUCUAGAGUGCCUCGUUUAAUUGGAUUUAGCACCAGGAAAGGUUUGAGAAGUUUUCUACCACAGACAUGUAGAAAGGGUUUGUGUAUUUCCCUCUUAAUAUGCUCGCUCCCAAUUCUUUCAGGUUUUGCCCAAAAAAGGGAAGUGAGCCAGUGACAAGCAUAUACAGGAUCACUCCGAGACUCCACACAUCACCCUUAGUAUUUCUUGCCCUGGAAGAGCUUGGGGCCUGAGCAUGGAGGACUGCCACAAAAUGUUUCUAGUUUACUACCAAAAGUAAAUUCAUUGCUUAAGCCAAAAUCUGUUAUUUUGAUGUUCAUAAUAGAUUUUCAGCCUUGAACUUUCUGUGUAGGAUCCAUUUUUGAUGGCAGUAUUGGACUGCAGACAUGAUCUGUCUAAAUUUAGCUCUUAAUUCUUCCUUGCCCCAUUCUUCCACGUUCAACCAAACAGUCAAAUACUUCGCCUCUACUUCCAUAUUCCAUGAUUAUGUAGAGUGUUUUUUCAGUUUCAAUGACUUCAAAUAACUUCACUACAUUUGGAUGAUUUAAAAGCUUCAUUAUUCUUACUUCUCUGAAGAGCCUUUGUAGUAGACUUGUUGGAUUCAAUUGAGUUUUAUCAAUUAUUUUUAUGACCACCUCUCUGCCUGUAAGGAUAUGUCUUGCUAGUUUCACUUUAUCGAAACUCCCCUUGCCGAUUGUUUUCAACAGUGUGUAGUUUCCAAUGCCAGGUUCUUCAUCUUGCACAGGAAGCUAUAGAGUUUCCACACCAACCUCCAAAGUGGCCUGUGUGAGAGGUAACUUCUUCAUGCCCAUUUCCAUGUGAUGUGUGCCCAAAGUCACCAAGUCAGUGUCCUCCGGGAUGACUUCUGGAUCCUGGCCUUCCUCAAAGCACUUCAGUUUAUCAAGGCCACGCAACACCCUCAGCUUGGCCACCGCCUCCAGGUUACCGCCCAGAUCCUGGGCCACAACUGCAUGCUCCUGCUCUGAGUCAGCGACCUCUCCUGGGCAGCACUGGUGUCAGCGGCUUCUUCCGCCACAAGUCUCCGUGCCCGCACAGCCAACCACGCCACAGGCCCCUAAAGAUGCCCACAUAGAAAGUGUGUGUGUUUAACUCUGGAAGCUGAUACUCUGGAAAGUUCCAGCCACGAGUGCUGGGAACUGGGUCCUGCCUGCCGCAGACCCCAGUGCACAUUGGGCUACCCGGGCUGCCUUCAGCCAUGUUUGCCUCCCAUGAUUUCUUCUUCUAUUUUAAAUCAUUUGUUUUUCUAUCUGUUGGAUAUAAUGAAAAUAAUUUUCUGAGAUUUUAUCGUAGUGUGUUAUUAUUGGCAAAAAAUAUAUAUAUUCAAACUAAAAAAAUUGCAUGUGAAAAUUUUUUUGUAGAAUUAAAGCAAAAUAAUUAGUGUGAAGCUCAAACAGAAAGGUUUGUGUAUAAACACUUAGUUUUGUGUAUAAAUACUUUGUAAUAAUAAUUUAUGCUAUAUUUUUGAAAUCUAAAUGGUUUAGGAGGCAAGAAUAUCAUGGUUACUGUACAUGUGCUUCUCUAUGCAAAUAUUUUGACUUUGACACUUCCUUUUUGCUAAAUCCGUUUCUUUUUCUGUAAUACAGGCCAGAAAAGCUUUAAUGAUGAUAUUUUUUUCCAAUUUUGCAUUCUCCUGGAUUCGCCAUUCUUUGAUCACUCUAGCACUCAAUGUUGUCAU